AUGGACGAAAAACUCAAGGCUGCUCAACAUAAAAAACUAAUCGCGGUAGAGAACAUAAAAUCGCUGGAGCGGUUUAAGCAGUGCUUUACCAGCGACGAUAUAAGCCAGAUUCCGGAGGUUUUGGAAGGGCUGGAGCAACACAGACAGGACUUUUUCACCGCGGUGGCGAAACUGGAAGAAUGUGACGACAGCAGCGAGGCGAUUCAAGCCUGUAUCAACGACAGGAUCGAUAUGGAGGAGCGGUGCCGACGGCUGAAAUCAUUCUUCAGGGAGAAUCAACGGAAGGACGCCAACCCACUAAACGAAUCUACACUUUCGGCAAAUUCAACGCUCGCGUUUGGACGGCCAAGCGCACCCAAUCUUAGGUUGCCAAAAAUCGAACUGCCAACGUUCGAUGGGGAUUCAACGAAGUGGUUGUCGUUUCGCGAUCGGUUUGUCGCGAUGAUUGACGCUUCCGCUGAUUUACCGCCUAUUGCUAAAUUACAAUAUUUACUUUCCUCAUUGAAGGGCGACGCAGCUGUUCCCUUCGAACAUGUAGCAUUAACCACUGAAAACUACGCCGUGACGUGGGCGUCACUUCUUAAGCGGUACGACAACACACGGAUGCUGAUUCGAGAAUACUGGCGGCGGUUACAUUUUCUACCGGGAAUUGCAGCCGAAAGUGUCGACGGUUUGACCUGUUUAGUGGACGAAUUCACACGGCAUGUGAAUGGCUUGGUCAAGCUACAAGAACCGGUCAAUACUUGGGACACGCCUCUGUCCAACCUGCUGCUGAUGAAGAUCGAUCAUGAAACGCUUUUGGCGUGGGAAAAACACUCCGUGCAUUUCGAAAGGGACAAGUAUAGUGAGCUGAUCGAAUUCCUUCAGGAUCGAAUUCGAAUAUUGAAAUCCAGCAAGAGCUUUGAGUGUGAUAGGGUUGCUCCGACUAAGGUGGUCGGCGCACAUCGUUUUCCUACACCACGAAGGGCAAUUACAAACGCGGCAGCAGUGCAGAAAAACCCGACUAGUGUUUCGCCCGUACAACAACUGAAAUGCCCGUUGUAG